UUAACAACAGAGCAGAGCAAAUAGAGACUCUUCUUCGUCUGAUCACACAGAAAAAAAAAAGAGAGUAACUUUCUUUCUCUCUCUCUCAUACUCACAGAAAAUGGCUGAGCUUGAGAAAGCAGGAGUAAUGCCGAAGCUAAUAGCCUUCUUAUCUUCGUUGCUUGAACGAGUCGCCGAGUCGAACGAUCGGACCCGGCGAGUCACGACUCAGUCACAGAGGGUUUCGGUGUUUCACGGACUGAGUCGACCAACCAUAACGAUUCAGAGCUAUCUCGAGAGGAUUUUCAAAUACGCUAAUUGUAGCCCUUCUUGCUUCGUUGUGGCUUACGUUUAUCUCGACCGUUUCACUCACAGACAACCUUCACUUCCGAUCAAUUCCUUCAACGUUCAUCGUCUCCUCAUCACCAGUGUCAUGGUCUCUGCUAAAUUUCUCGAUGAUCUGUACUACAAUAAUGCGUAUUACGCGAAAGUGGGAGGGAUAAGCACGAAAGAGAUGAAUCUUCUGGAGCUGGAUUUCUUAUUCGGGUUAGGAUUUGAUUUAAACGUGACGCCAAACACAUUCCACGCUUACUUCUCUUAUCUUCAAAAGGAAAUGACUCUUCUUCAACCUCUCUCUCUCGUUGUUGUUGCCCCACCAAGAUCUGUCAUUACCUUCAACGACGAUGAAGCUUCUCAUCAGAAACAACAACUCGCUGUUUGAUUCACAGAAAGUUCCAAAUCUUUAUUUGGUUCUCUUUUCUUAAGAAUUUAAUCAAUUUCGCCCUUUUUAUAUGAAUUGUGUAGUUGUAGAUGAUGUAGAGAUUAGUCGGCAGGGCCUCUUAUCUUAUCUUAAUCAAUCUCGAUUAAGAAAUUUAAAAUCAAGCCAGUAAGUUCUUGACCAUUUCUCUCAAUCUCUCUCUCUCUCUAUAUAUAUAAAUAUGUAAUAU